UCAUUCAAUCAUCCACUUUCUCUCAUAUCCAUUUCUCUCUCUCUCUCUCUCUCAUUAUUCCCAACAAUAUUCCUUUUUCCUCAGUCCGUCCAUUUUUACCGACGAAAACCAAAACACAAAGAUCAAAUCUUUCACCGGAAAACCAACCCAAACCCUUCAUCUUCUUCAACCCAGAUCCAAAGAUCCCUCCUUGCUUCAGUUCCCGUCGAUAUCUCGCAAGCGAUAGAUUUCUUAUCCGACUUUAAAUGUUGCCAUUCAUUCUUUUUCCCACCCAGAAAUCUUUCCCUUUUCUUUUUUUUGAAAAUUAAAUCUUCACAUUCAUGAUUUCACCCCCAAAUUUUUGUUCUUUGGGCUCCACUUAUUAGUUGGUAUCUUUCAGAUGUUGCAAUCUUGCAUCAAUUUUGUAUCUUUGAGGGUGUUCGUUUGAGCAUUGUUCUUGGGUUUCAAUAAGGAUUUUGGGUUUUUUUUUUUGGGUGAGAUUUGAUGAGAUCUAAAGAUUGCCUGGCGAAAGUGGAGUCUUUAGUGGAAUAGGGGGCUUGGGUUGGAUCGGCGAUGAGGUAUUUGAGUUACCCAGAAGAGGUUUGGAUCAUAGUGUAGGGAGGAUUGGGUUGUAGUUUCAAGGAGUGAAGUGGGUUUCUGGGUUUGUUGUGUAGUGUUUGAUUGGGGAUUUAGAUCAUGGAGCAUGUUAUUGGAGGCAAGUUUAAGCUGGGGAGAAAGAUCGGCAGUGGAUCGUUUGGGGAGCUUUAUUUGGGGAUUAAUGUACAAACUGGAGAGGAGGUGGCUGUGAAGCUGGAACCCGUGAAGACAAAACACCCACAGCUUCACUAUGAGUCAAAGUUGUACAUGCUUCUUCAAGGAGGAACGGGUGUACCCCAUCUUAAAUGGUUCGGAGUUGAGGGUGAAUAUAAUGUCAUGGUUAUUGACCUUCUUGGCCCAAGCCUAGAAGACUUGUUCAACUAUUGCAAUCGGAAGUUCACUUUGAAGACAGUUUUAAUGCUUGCAGAUCAAUUAAUAAACCGAGUGGAGUACAUGCACUCACGGGGAUUUCUUCACCGUGACAUAAAGCCUGACAACUUCUUAAUGGGUCUGGGGCGUAAAGCUAAUCAGGUGUAUAUCAUUGAUUAUGGCCUUGCAAAAAAGUAUAGAGAUCUUCAAACGCAUAAGCACAUACCAUAUAGGGAAAAUAAGAAUCUGACAGGAACGGCUCGCUAUGCAAGUGUUAACACUCACCUUGGUGUUGAGCAAAGCAGGAGAGAUGAUCUGGAAUCUCUUGGUUAUGUGCUUAUGUAUUUUCUGAGGGGAAGCCUUCCCUGGCAGGGCUUGAAAGCAGGAACCAAAAAGCAGAAAUAUGACAAGAUCAGUGAAAAGAAGAUGCUUACUCCAAUUGAGGUUCUGUGUAAAUCAUAUCCAUCAGAAUUCACAUCUUACUUCCAUUAUUGUCGCUCAUUACGCUUUGAAGAUAAACCAGAUUAUUCAUACCUGAAGAGACUUUUCAGGGACCUUUUCAUUCGGGAAGGUUAUCAAUUUGACUAUGUAUUUGAUUGGACAAUACUGAAGUAUCCACAAAUUGGCUCCAGUUCCAGAACACGACAGGCAAGUGCAAAACCAGCUUUGAACCCUGGACCGUCUGCAGAAAGAACAGAAAGGCCUUCAGUGGGACAAGAUUUUCGAGAUAGAUUCUCAGGUGCAGUUGAAGCAUUUUCUAGAAGGAAUGGUUCACAUGGUGAUAACUCCAGACAUAGAUCAACUGAUGAUGCGCCAUCAUCCAAAGAUGUGCAACCUGAUUCAGAAAGAAUCCGGAGUUCAUCUAGAAAUGGCAGCACCUCAAAGAGGCCUGUCAUAUCAAGCAGUAGGCCAAGCUCCUCUGGUGAGCCUAGCGAGAGCCGGUCAAGCCGGCUGGUCUCAAGCAGUGGUCGCCUGUCAACCACCCAAAGGACACCUGGGUAUGAAUCAAAAGUGUCUUAUACUCGUACUUCAGCUUCUAGAGGCGGUCGUGAUGAUGCACUUAGGAGCUUUGAGCUUCUUUCUAUCGGUACGGGGAAGAGGAAAUAAAGUCUGAUCUAUCUACUGAUAAAAUUCCCGCCUCAAGGUUCCUUUUGUAGUAUCUAUCCAAGAUGUCAGCACUAUAAUGGUUUUACUACAGUUGCUCUGUAUAUGUGUAUCCAUUGUUGGGUUCUUUCAUAGUUGAAAAGCUCAGUGAAGUUUCUGCUUAGAACGACCCAUCAUUUACCACCUCCAUGGAUUCUUGCCAUUAUAACGCCUCGGUGACUCACCCAAGAAAGAGAUUAACCAUCUCACUUCAGGGAGUUGUUUAUAUAUUUGAGAUACUGGUAGCUGUAAUAAGUACGGCUUCGUGAUAUUUUUCCAGGGAAAUAAAAACUUCUAUUAAUCUUA